CUUUGGAACGAAAAACGGCAAUGCACCGAUUCUGUUGAAGUGUGCUGCUUCAUUCGAAUGACUAAUCCAACUGUGCCUACUACAGCAACACCUACGUUGAUAACUCCGACCACAACCAUGAACCCAACUGUACCUACUUUACCAACUACAAUUUUAACAAGUCAAUCAACAAGACCAACACCUUCACCAAUAAUAACUCUACCAACGACGACGAUGCCAACUCUAACAUUAACAUUACCAACGUUGCCAACGACAGAUACGCAAACAACAAUUACGCAACAACAGUUUUGCAUUUGCGUUCCUAUAUUUCAAUGUGCCGUCAACAGUGGUAAUGUAGUUACUGGUGUACCGAACAAUAUUGAUCCAAGACAACAGUUGACUAGCACUUGCAAUGGGAUUUUUGUGUGUUGCAAUAAUAUCGGAUCUCAAACUCCAGCUACGACUUUGCCUCCAUUCACCCUACCAAUAACGCUGCCAACGACCACAGUAUCGACAAUGUCCAUGUUACCAGCACUGAAUUUGCAACUGAAUUGUCUCUGCGUAUUAUCGGCAGCGUGUAGUCUUGGUUACAUGCCGUGGUCAGAUGUGAACAAAAUUGAUCCUCGUAUGCUUGUACCUCACCAAGGUCAAUCGUGUUCUAAAACCAAUUCAGUAUGUUGUAGGCUAGGUCAACAAGAACUUUCUGUUCAACCCAACUCGCUUGUGAAGUUUGAAAAUGAAGACGUUAAAAAUCCUGGUACUCCAAAUGCUUGCAAAUGCGUACCUGUAGAUAACUGUCCUGAUAGUGAUACUAUUAGUUACGACAGUGACGGCACCAUUGAUCCUAGAAUCGGACCAUGUAUGAGUCCAGUUCUUGUCUGCUGCAAAGUGGACAGUAAUAAGCUUUUAAGAAGUGAAGUUGGAGUCAUUGAUCUAAAUCCCUCAGCUUCUAUAAUCACUGGUUCUACUAGUAGUCGAGCAAAUGUCGCUAAUUGUGGUCUUAGGGAUACAACUUAUGUUAAUGUCGUGAGCCCUUCACCCGGAUCAGCAUAUUUCGCCGAAUUUCCAUGGAUGGUGCUCAUUUUGAUUCGUCGUGCUGGUAUCAACGAUGUGGUCCAAUGUGGAGGUUCACUCAUCAACAACAGAGUUGUCAUGACAGCUGCGCACUGCAUCAUUAGCUGUGAUCCGGGAACACUAAUUGCUCGAUUAGGCGAAUGGGACACAGCAACAGUGACUGAACCUUUACCGUUCCAAGAAAUCGGUGUUCAAACUGUCACUGUUCAUCCCCAGUUUUAUCAGAACGGUCUCUAUCACGACGUUGCACUUCUUGUGCUGAACCGUGCAGCAACAUAUACAGUCAAUGUUAAACCAAUUUGUUUAGCUGUACAAGAUCAGCAGUUUGCUGCAAAUACCAUAUGCUAUGCUUCUGGCUGGGGAAGCAAUGCAUUCGGAGCACAAGGACAAUAUCAAUCAAUAUUACGAAAAGUUACUCUACCUAUCGUUGACAACGGUAGCUGUCAAACUCGGUUGAGAGCAACAAGGUUGGGUCAGUUUUUCCAGUUACAUUCGAGCUUCAUAUGCGCUGGUGGGCAGCCGAAUAUGGAUACCUGUACCAAAGAUGGCGGAGGUCCACUUGUUUGUCAGGAUCCAACGGGACGAUUCACGCAGGCUGGAAUUGUCUCUUGGGGUAUCGGAUGUGGCUCUGCAGCGCCUGGAGUUUAUGCAAGUGUAGCGCAGAAUAGACAGUGGAUCGAUCAACAGGUUUCGGCACUUGGUAUUUAUAAGUGAUAGUAUCUAUUUGAAUUAUACUUUUAUUAUCGUUGUCUAGUCUAUUGUAUUUAUAAAUCGGAAAAAGUAUUUUAUUUCAAAAAAUAUUCGUUUUCUUUCAUUAUAAUUUUCAUUUCUAAGAUUUGCAACUGUGACGGAUUUACAAAAUAAAAUAAACUUAUUGAUGAUAAAAAAUAUUUUACAUAUAAGUAUAUAGUUUAAUCGAGGUUGUUAUUAAAAGUGUAAGCUUCUAACAAAAUUUGAUAUUUGUAACAAAUUGUGAUAUAGCGGUAAAUCUGUAUACAUAUCACAAUAUAGCAAGCAAUC